AUGGGCGACGUUCCGGUCGAAGAAGCCCCUUUCCCGCUGACGGAUGUCGAUAAGUGGGUCCUCUCACAGACGGACGAGGAGUUCAAGAAGCAUGACUGGGAGGAGCUCAAGGAGAUUAUUAAGACGAACAAGCUGGAGGUUCUGAAGCGGAAGCCCUCAGACCUGCGUCGAUACAUGAAGUGGACGGCCGAGACCAAGGCCGAGUAUGGUUCCAUGACCAAGUACCUCCUCGUGAACCGCCUGCCAAAGACCUGGGGCGAGCCGCCUUUCACCCCCAAGUCGCUCGUUCCCUUUGAGGAUCCGUCCGACUACCGAGUCCUUGUCAACGACUGGCCGUACGGACUUGACCCCGAGAUCACCCAUAUCGUGGUCUGGUCGCGCACCAUCAUCCCUACUGAUGCAGUGACCGGAGACAUGACGCCAGAGAGCAGGCGCAUCACCCAGAGAUUUGUCGAAAAGUACUUUGUUGAAAGCUUAGGCGAUGGUGGAGCAGACAGAGUUGUCUGGUUCAAGAACUGGGUUGCUUUGCAGAGUGUGCGGGCUCUUGAGCACAUCCAUGUUUUGGUGAGAAAUGUAGACGCAGAGGUCAUCAAGAAGUGGGCCGAAGAGCAGCCGUGGCAUAGACAGAACUGA